AUGGACCUAAUAGAGCACAAAUACGUUGAAUUGAACGGGCUAAAACUUCACGUGGCUGAGAUUGCAAGUGGGCAAUCACCGGCUGUGGUUUUCUUACAUGGGUUUCCGGAAAUAUGGUAUUCGUGGCGCCACCAGAUGAUUGCAGCGGCAAGUGCCGGUUUCAGAGCCAUUGCACUGGAUUACAGGGGAUAUGGGCUUUCUGAUCCGCCACCCGAACCCGAGAAGACCACCUUUUUAGACCUCGUUGGUGACGUUCUAGCGCUUUUUGAUGCUCUUAGCAUCUCUAAGGCUUGUCUGAUUGCUAAAGAUUUUGGAGCUAUGGUAGCUUCUAUGUUUGUCGUUCUCCACCAGGACAGGGUCUCAGGGUUCGUGACAUUAGGUGUGCCAUUCUAUCUUCCUCAUUUUCUCACUUCGCACCUCCCUGAAGGCUUCUAUGUGCCAAGAUGGAAGGAGCCUGGGCGUGCUGAAUCUGAUUUUGGUCGUUUUGAUGCAAAAACUGUAGUAAGGAAAGUUUAUAUCCUGUUCUCUGGAAGUGAAAUACCAAUCGCUUGUGAAGACCAGGAGAUCAUGGACCUUGUGGACUCGUCCACUCCUUUGCCCUCUUGGUUCACUGAGGAAGAUCUUGCGACCUAUGGAAUGUUGUAUGAGAAAUCGGGAUUCCAAACUGCAUUGCAGGUUCCUUAUAGGUCAUUUCAUGAAGAUAUUAAUAAACCAGAUCCAAAAGUUGAAGUUCCGGCUCUGCUGAUCAUGGGCGAGAAAGAUUACUUCAUGAGUUCUAAUGAAAAUGCAGAUUACAUAACGAGCGGAAAAGUGAAAACAUUUGUGCCAAACUUGGAGAUAAAUUUCAUUCCAGAAGGGUGUCAUUUUGUUCAAGAGCAAUUUCCUGCCCAGGUGAAUGACCUUAUUCUCAACUUCCUCAGAAUCCACAGCUAG